AUGGCGGACUCAACGUCACACGCGCCUGCUCUGCAGACGAAUAUACCGGGCGGUGGCUUCGACGAGAAGUCAGCUGCACCUCCCGCCCAGGCUUCGAAGCCCAAGGUUGAGGAUGAUGAGGAUGAGGACAUCGAUGCCCUGAUUGAGGACCUCGAGUCUCAUGAUGGACACGGUUUGGAGGAGGACGAUGAGGACGAGGCUGCCCAGCCGGGCGGUGAACGUAUCAUUCCUGAGGAGAUGCUGCAGACCGAUACCCGUAUCGGUCUGACUGAUCAGGAGGUCGUUGCUCGUCGUCGCAAGUUUGGUCUGAACCAGAUGAAGGAGGAGAAGGAGAACUUGGUCCUCAAGUUCCUCGGCUUCUUUAUCGGUCCCAUCCAGUUCGUUAUGGAGGCUGCUGCUGUUCUUGCUGCCGGUCUUAAGGAUUGGGUCGAUUUCGGUGUCAUUUGCGCUCUGCUUCUGCUCAACGCCUUUGUUGGUUUCAUCCAGGAAUACCAGGCUGGUUCUAUCGUCGACGAACUGAAGAAGACUCUCGCUCUGAAGGCUGUCGUUCUCCGUAACGGCACGCUGCAGGAGAUUGAGGCACCUGAGGUUGUUCCCGGUGAUAUCCUUCAGGUUGAGGAGGGUACCAUUAUCCCCGCUGAUGGUCGCAUUGUGACGGAGGAUGCCUUCCUCCAGGUUGAUCAGUCCGCUAUCACGGGUGAGUCGCUCGCUGUCGACAAGCACAAGGGCGACCAGUGCUACGCGUCUUCCGCUGUCAAGCGUGGUGAGGCUUUCGUCGUGAUCACCGCCACUGGUGACAACACCUUCGUCGGUCGCGCUGCUGCCCUGGUCAACGCUGCUUCGGCUGGUACCGGUCACUUCACUGAGGUGCUCAACGGUAUCGGUACCAUUCUGCUGGUCCUGGUCGUCUUCACUCUCUUGAUUGUCUGGAUCUCUUCGUUCUACCGGUCGAACCCGAUUGUCCACAUUCUGGAGUUCACUCUCGCUAUCACUGUCAUUGGCGUGCCCGUCGGUCUGCCUGCUGUCGUUACCACCACCAUGGCUGUCGGUGCCGCUUACCUCGCCAAGAAGAAGGCUAUCGUGCAGAAGCUGUCGGCCAUUGAGUCGCUGGCUGGUGUCGAGAUCCUCUGCUCUGACAAGACCGGUACUCUGACUAAGAACAAGCUGUCUCUGGCUGAGCCGUACACUGUCGCCGGUGUCGACCCCGAGGAUCUGAUGCUUACUGCCUGUCUCGCUGCCUCACGCAAGAAGAAGGGUAUCGAUGCCAUCGACAAGGCCUUCCUCAAGUCGCUGAAGUACUACCCGCGUGCCAAGAGCGUUCUGUCCAAGUACAAGGUUAUUGACUUCCACCCGUUCGACCCCGUCUCCAAGAAGGUCCAGGCUCUCGUUGAAUCUCCCCAGGGCGAGCGCAUCACCUGUGUGAAGGGCGCCCCGCUGUUUGUGCUCAAGACCGUCGAGGAGGACCACCCCAUCUCUGAGGAGGUUGACCAGGCCUACAAGAACAAGGUUGCCGAGUUCGCUACCCGUGGUUUCCGCUCUCUCGGUGUUGCCCGGAAGCGUGGUGAGGGUUCUUGGGAGAUUCUCGGCAUUAUGCCCUGCAUGGACCCCCCUCGUCACGAUACCGCCCGCACGAUCAACGAGGCCAAGUCUCUGGGUCUGUCCAUCAAGAUGCUUACUGGUGACGCUGUCGGUAUUGCCCGCGAGACUUCUCGCCAGCUCGGUCUCGGUACCAACGUCUACAACGCUGAGCGCCUUGGUCUUGGUGGCGGUGGUGACAUGCCCGGCUCUGAGGUUUACGACUUUGUCGAGGCUGCCGAUGGUUUCGCCGAGGUUUUCCCCCAGCACAAGUACAACGUGGUCGAGAUUCUCCAGCAGCGUGGCUACCUCGUUGCCAUGACUGGUGACGGUGUCAACGACGCCCCGUCUUUGAAGAAGGCUGAUACUGGUAUUGCUGUCGAGGGUGCGUCUGACGCUGCCCGUUCUGCUGCCGACAUUGUGUUCCUUGCUCCUGGUCUCGGUGCCAUCAUCGAUGCGCUCAAGACUUCUCGCCAGAUUUUCCACCGCAUGUACGCCUACGUCGUCUACCGUAUCGCUCUGUCGAUCCACCUGGAGAUCUUCCUUGGUCUGUGGAUUGCCAUUCUCAACCGUUCGCUGAACAUUGAGCUGGUCGUCUUCAUUGCCAUUUUCGCCGAUGUUGCUACGCUGGCCAUUGCCUACGACAACGCUCCCUACUCCAAGACGCCUGUCAAGUGGAACCUGCCCAAGCUCUGGGGUAUGUCCGUCCUUCUUGGAAUUGUCCUGGCUGUCGGCACAUGGAUCACUGUCACGACCAUGUACGCCAACGGCGAGAACGGUGGUAUUGUCCAGAACUUCGGUAAGAUGGAUGAGGUCGUGUUCCUUCAGGUGUCUCUGAGUGAGAACUGGCUGAUCUUCAUCACCCGUGCAAACGGUCCGUUCUGGUCGUCCAUCCCGUCGUGGCAGCUGUCUGGUGCCAUCCUGGUCGUCGAUCUGCUGGCCACCUUCUUCACUCUCUUCGGUUGGUUCGUUGGUGGUCAGACCUCCAUUGUUGCCGUCGUCCGUAUCUGGAUCUUCUCCUUCGGCGUGUUCUGUAUCAUGGGUGGUCUGUACUACAUGCUCCAGGACAGCGUUGGAUUCGACAACCUUAUGCACGGCAAGAGCCCGAAGGGCAACCAGAAGCAGCGGUCCCUUGAGGACUUUGUUGUGUCUCUGCAGCGUGUGUCGACCCAACACGAGAAGUCGCAGUAA